GGGUGGCGUCACGCUUAUGGGCGGGGCCACACUAUGCAGCAGCGCAAAGAAGAGCAAGAGGCAGCGCGCUGGAAUUUGGCAACAGAGCUUCGCAUGCAUCACAACUCUUCCGAUGGCAAUAUGGAUUGACACAGCGCCCACUGAGAUAUAACAGAGGAGGAAACGGCCACACAGGAGUGUGUCUGGCUGUGUGUGGGUUUCCACUACUCCUGUUAUUUGAACUUCAACACACAAACAUCCUGCCAAAAUGUCACGGAGGGAACGACCAUGGUCUGUGUACAGGUCGAACACUUUUGAGCUUUCCUCAGAGAUGCUUGGACUAGCAUUGGAAGGAAACAGUCAAGAUCCAGAUGAGCCCGUACUAGAGUUCAGUCUUGUCUGUAGUGAGCUGACCACACCGUCUUUGGACCGAAAACCCAACAGUUUUGUUGCUGUGAGCUGUACCACACCUCCUCAGGCUUUCUGGACCAAACAUGCACAGACAGAGAUCAUUGAGGGUACAAGUAAUCCCAUGUUCCUCAGCAGUGUGGCUUUCUUCCAAGACUCCCACAUUAACCAGCACACACAGGUCAAGCUCUCUGUGUACGAUGUAAAAGAUCGCUCGCAAGGAACGAUGUACCUUCUUGGCUCAGCGAUGUUUCCAGUGAAGGAUAUUCUGCUGGAAAAGAACCACAGACUAAACUUACCUCUCAGGUCAGCAGAAAACAAGCAUGUGGGUAGUAUUACAGUCAUUGCCUGGCAGCUAGAGGAGAAGAGAGAUCAGCAUACACCAAUCAAACAACUUCAAGACACCAUCAAUGGCAGGACUGUCCUCGCCGUGGAUGAGAGUCUGACAGAAUCUGUGGGAGUCCGAGUGAAAUACGCCUCUCUGUGGAAAGACUCUUUUCUACGAUCUGUGUUUGGUGGCACCAUGUCGCGUAUGUACCGUUUUCCAACCACUGAUGGGAAUCAUUUACGGAUCCUGGAACAGAUGGCUGAAAGCGUCCUGUCACUUAACAUCCCACGACAGUUCGUCAAACUCUUACUGGAAGAGGAUUCCUCCAGAGUAUCUGAGCUGGAGGAGUUGGGGGAGUUAUCACCGUGUUGGGAGAACCUCAGACGGCAAAUCGUGACACAGUAUCAGAGCAUCCUUCAGACCUAUCAGGAUACACUCACAGACCUGCAGGACUACAAAGGUCCAUCAUUUAAAGCCAGUAAUCUGAAAGCAGAGAGGAAAUUGGAAUUUAUGCCUACCAACCUUCAUGUGCAGAGAAUGAGGGUUCAGGAUGAGUCUGGCUGCGAUCACACCUACGAUGUGGUUACGAUUGGGGCCCCUGCAGCUCACUGUCAGGGCUUCAAAAACGGUGGUUUGCGGAAACUAUUACAGAAAUUUGAGGAGGCAAAAAAAGUCAUUUAUGAGGAGGAAUGCAGCAGUGCUCUGUCCAGCUCCCAGUCCAUCGUCUACAUCCCUCAGGAUAUUGUCCGUGCCAAAGAAAUAAUCUCCCAUAUCAACACGCUCAAGACUCAGGUCAGCUACUACGCUGAGCGCCUGUCUCGUGCCGCUAAAGAACGCUCCGCUAACGGCAUGGAGAGAACCCUCGCCAUCCUAGCGGAUAAGACACGGCAGCUGGUGAUGGUGUGUGACUGUAAACUGCUGGCGUCUGCAGUGCAGGCCCUGAACGCAGCUAGACCCGAAUACAUUGCCUCUAAAAACUCACCCUCUGCUGACUCAGAGCAGGUGGUGCUGAGGAAUGAUCAGGACACACUACUGGCCAAAUGGAGCGGCAGGAACAGUCGUGCAUCCCUCCAAGUUGAUUGGCAUGAGGAAGAGUGGGAAAAGGUGUGGGGGAAUGUUGACAAAAGUCUGGAGUGUAUCAUCCAGCGAGUGGACAAACUGCUGCAGAGGGACCGUUUGCACAGCAACAGCAGUGAGGACAUGUUCCAGACUGACCAGCAAAGCGGCACCAGUAAGAAAGGUAAUGGGAAAACAAAAGCCUUCUGGAUCAACCCUGUCUGCAUGGAGGAGCCUUCCUCGGUCCCUGAACCACAACAACAGUCACCUUCACCAUCAUCACCUUCAUCUUCACCACCUGAUCUGAACCCUGCAUGCCCUGUUAAUACAGAAACGAAUGCCUAUGGCAGCAGCAGCAGUGGAGAGGAGAGUUACCCAGGUGAGUGGAGCGAGGCUCUGUAUCCCCUCUUGACGACCCUAACGGAGUGUGUGGCCAUGAUGAGCGACAAAGCCAAGAAGUCAAUGGUUUUCUUGCUCAUGCAAGACAGCGCACCCACCAUUGCAAUGGACCUCAACCUGCAGUACCGCCGAGACGUGGUCUUCUGCCAGACACUCACAGCACUAAUUUGUGGCUUCAUCAUCAAACUGAGAAACUGUCUCCGUGACGACGGUUUCCUGAGACAGCUUUACACCAUCGGUCUGCUCGCUCAGUUCGAGUGCCUAUUAAGUACUUAUGGAGAGGAGUUAGCCAUGUUAGAGGACAUGAACAUAGGAAUAAUGGAUCUUCGGAACGUGACGUUCAAGGUGACACAGGCCAUCUCUACCUCUUCCCCCGACAUGCUGCCAGUUAUCACCGGAAAUCGUGAUGGAUUCAACGUUCGCAUCCCGCUCCCAGGAAGCAUGUUUGAUGCAUUGCCAAGGGAGAUCCAGAACGGCAUGCUGCUGCGGGUACAGCCGGUGCUGUUCAACGUGGGCAUCAACGAGCAGCAAACGCUCGCCGAGAAGUUUGGAGACACGUCGCUUCAGGAGCUCAUCAAUGUGGAGAGCCUGGCACGUCUUAGCUCUUACUACCAGCAGUUCAAAGAGGUUUUACCUGACGACUGUCUUCCUCACUCUCGUAGUCAGACGUGUCUCCCAGAGCUGUUGCGGUUCCUUGGUCAAAAUGUUCAUGCUAGGAAAAAUAAAAAUGUAGACAUUUUGUGGCAGGCUGCAGAGAUUUGUCGGCGACUAAAUGGAGUACGUUUUACCAGCUGUAAAAGUGCCAAGGACCGCACUGCUAUGUCAGUGACUUUGGAGCAGUGUCUGAUCCUGCAGCACGAGCAUGGCAUGGCCCCGCAGGUCUUCACACAGGCCCUUGACUGUAUGCGAAGCAUUGGGACCAGGGAGGGGGUAACUCAGAAGAACCUGAGCGGCUUAUUGCCUGUACGUGACUUCAGGCUGGACCCCAGUCUGCUCUACUCUCUGCCCCUUCUGGCCCUGAGCCCAAACCUGCUCAUCGUCUGGGUGUUCCUCAGCAUAGCCUACCUGCUGGCCAAACUCCGCUGCAGCUGAGCCUGAGACCCCCUUUUCCAUUUUUCUUUCUCUCUUUCCCCCGCUCCGGCUAUCUCAGCACUUCCUUUCUCUGUUUUUCUGUUUCUUUCUCCUCUGAGUGAGGAGCUGUGUGCAGACAAUGCUGAAUUCUUUCUGGUUGAUUCAGCUCUUCUCUGUAACAGCCAAUCUAAAGGUCUUGGUGUUCAUUUCUGCCUUACCUCUCUCUCUCUCUCUCUCUUUCUCUUUCUCAAGUAAUCAUGGAUGAGAAAAGUUUGUACAAUAAUUUGUGACAUAUAACAAAUAUUCUGAUUAUUUUAGAGGGUUCAUUGAAAAUAGAUAUUCAUAUAUAUAUUUAAGAUUUAACAUUGAAUUUAUUUAUUCAAUACUAAUUAUUCUUAUAAUAUUGAACUGUUUUAUUUGUGUUAUUAUAACAAACUAUUUUUAGGCACAUGAAUAUUUGUGCUAGUGGUCAAUUCAAUAUGUAUAUAAUAGCGUGCAUUAGUUGCCGCACACUUUUUCAGCGGCGUUUGUUCCGGAAGUUUUUUUUUUUUCACUUUUUUUUUUUUCACUUUAUUUAUUUUUUUUCUAUAGGGAUUUUCAAAAAAGUGUUUGUUAAAAUAUUGUAAGCCAUGUAACAAGCCAAGCAACUACAAGGUGAAUCGCAACAUCAUGAAAAAGUAAUCGAAAUUGGACAAAAGACAAAGGUACAAAACUGUGUACUUAACAGUUUUAGUGAGGAAAAGAACUACAAUCCCAUGAAGCAUUGCAAAUGACAAUCAAAUUAAAAACAAUGGAUGAAGAAUAGAAACUACUCAUUUAAAGUUGAUUGUUAUAUCUAUAGAAACUAUUUAAGGGGUUACUCCACCCCAAAAUGAAAAUUUUGUCAUUAAUCACUUUCCCCCAUGUCGCCAUUUUGGAGCGUAUCCGCUGGACGCAAACUGCGUACGCUGUUCUGUAUCAGCCGCACCACGCGUCCACUGGAUACGCUCCAAAAUGCCGUUACGCUGACACAGAGGAGACGAAUUGUUGAAUAAAGUCAUUAUUUUUGUUUUCUUUGGAUACGAAAAGUAUUCUCGUAGCUUCAUAACGUUUCGGUUGAACCACUGAUGGCAGAUGGACUAUUUCGGCGAUGUCUUUCAUACUUUUCUGGGCCUUGACAGUGUUAUUUACUUGGCAGUCAAUGGGGACAGUCACAAGCCUCCCGGUUUUCAUCCAAAAUAUCUUAAAUUGUAUUCCGAAGACGAACAAAGAUUUUACGGGUUUGGAACGACAUGAGGGUAAGUGAUUAAUUACAAAAUUUUCAUUUUGGGGUGGAGUAACCCUUUAAGUUUAUUGCAAAAUAUCUAAUAAGUAUUUUGACAGCAUAGCAAAUCAGUUACAUCAUUUGCAGUGCUUUAUGGGAUUGGGCAUUCCCCACAAACUUGAUCGAAUUUUCUGUACAGAAUCUUGAUGACUUUAACAAAAGUAUAUACCAUUCGAUCUCAACUCACUGUACUUCUGUCUUUAAAGGUUUAUAAGUCAUCUUUAAAAAUGAAUUUCCCUAUGGAGAAAAUGAACCGAAUUUUACUUCCGGAACCCGACUGUUGCACUCUAUAAUGAGAUAUUGUUAUUCUGUAACAGUAUCAUGGAAUUUUCCAGUGAUUUUUGUGGUCGAUUUUGUUGCGUCUUCCAUGUGUUUCUAUCUAAAUGCAAAGAUAAGGCCUGGCCAAAGCUAAUCUCAACUAUCAUCGCACUUGCUUUAAAAAUGUAUUGCACUUUAGGGUAUUAAGUGUGUCCAUGUCUUCCCAUGUUUGGGUGGAAGAACACAUGUUGCUCUUUUACCAGGAUUGGUCUGCACUAAUCUGUUUGCAGCCUUUCCAAUGAGCCCAUUAAAUUUGGCCAAAUAAGAUUGUAUUUUCAGUCAGGGAAAUCUAAAUAUGCACUUGAGAAUUGAUUUUUCAUCAAGAUUUUGUUUAAGCUGUCAGCUGAUGUUUUCACUAUCAGCUGACAGGAGGUACAUGGCAAUAGGUAUAAUAGGUAUUUUGUGUAAAGGAAUGUUCCGGGUUCAGCACAAGAUCCGUUGACCACAUCUGAGGCAUGCAAUCGUUUAUAAGAUAAGAUUGGCUCACCAAUCAAUUUGUAAAAACAAACAAACUUAUUUACAUUAAUGCACUAAAAUCUAACAUUGAAAUACACAAUUUUGAAAAAAACAACCAUGUACAGCUUCCAUUGUAAGUGUAUUACUGUAAAUUUGUUUCUUUUCUCAAAUUGAGGCAUAAAUGACAUGCUAGAUGGUGUAAGCUAAAUGUUUUGUGUCAAAUCUGGAACAGUCUCUUAAGAUGUAUCUGUUUAGAUGACAAUGGCAUCCAUGUGUUGCUUUAAGUAAAGACACUUAUGCAGUAAUGAUGAACAGAAUGUAUGUUGUUUUACCAAAACUAAUCACUUUGUUUCCUAAUCAUGACAUGCAGGCUGCAAAUCAUCAGAUUUCUUCCCUUCUUUAUGUGUAAAUAUAUAUUUUCUAUGUAAAAGUUUACCAUGAGAGAAUUUUACAGAACUCACAGUUUAAUUGUGCUUCCCAUUGUGCCAAAUUAGUAAUGGCCUCUCUGUGCUUUGUAAAAUUUAUCUGGCCACAUGCCACGGCCAGUACAUCUGCUGUUUACAAGUUAGCACUGCUUGAGCUUACAUGCUCUAAAGAGCUGCCCAUUGCAAGAACUUUAUAUAUUAAAAAUAACCUUCACCAGGCUACAGAAAAGUGUGCAUUUCAUCUGACCUACUAAAGAAAUUAACUGUCCCAAAAUAUCUCCAUUUGAGAUGCUGAAGGGGUUCAUUUAUAAUGAUGUUGUGGCUCUGUGAGUCUAUUUUUGCUUCGUUUGCUUAAAAAUGUCAGAGAUAACUUCCAGAUUUUUCCCUGUUUGUUUUAAAUCAUAUUGAAUGAUGUUUUGAGCUGUUUUCAGAGUACGAUUAUGUCUUAUACAGUUAAGUUGGAGAAAGGUUUUGGUUUCAUAGGUUAGACCGGGACAGUCUAAGAUACUGCCGAAGGUUUGGCUGAAUAUCAUUGGUAGGUUUUAAUGAAUAGAAUUUAAGGAUAGGUCUCAGUUCAUUUUGAUGGUUUUAAAAUUUGUUCAUUGGUUUUAGGUAGGGCUGCAUGAUUAUAAAAUUGUUGAUUAUUUCCCAUGAUAUUGUAAUCUCAAUUAUGAAUUUAAUUGAUAAAAUUUAUAUUAAAACGCAUCUGCAAGUUAUUACAAAAAAUGACUAAUUCGCACAACAUACAUGUUUGUGAAUGGUUAGAAUGCUCAACCGAAUAUAUAUAUAUAUAUAUAUAUAUUCUAAAUAGAAUGCUGUUCUAGAUGUUUUUCUUGAUUAAUCUUGGCAGCCAUAAUAAUCAAACAUUUUUGGAUAAAUUUUGCAGCCAUAGUUUAGGAGAUAGGUUGUAGAUUGGACUAUGUUGUUGAAUGUUUUGGGAAACAAAAUAAGUAUCUUGGGUUAGGAAAUAGUUUUGUGGCCUCGUUAGGUUUGCUUGAAUAAUUAAUGUGCUCAGAGCCAGCUCUUUUGUUUUUAUUGAGCUUUCGUUCUCUGAGAAUUCUAAUAUAUGCAGUGUUAUUUUUAUGCUUCUUACAACAUUUGGAAAUUUCAGUAUUUUUUAAACAGUAUUUGAAAAAUAUAACUUUUUACUCAAAUAUCACAAGUAAAUUCCUUGGCUCUACCUCGUUUUACUAAAGCAUGUGAAUUGAGCAUCAUGCCCUUUUAGUCGCAUACUAAAAAGGUCUCUGGCAAGUAACCAUUUUGAUUUUGGAAUUCACUAGAAUAAAAAAAAAUCCAUGAAUUUUUUUUUUAACAUUUAAGUGGUCAAUUAAUGCAAAAAUGGGAAUUCUGUGAUCAUUUACAUACCUUUGUAUGUUUCUUUCUGUAGUGGAAUUUAAAAGGAGAUAUUUAGUAGAGUGUUCAAGCUGCUCUUUUCAGUGACAUUUUCACAUGAUUUUUCAGUGAAUAAUAUCUUAAAUAUCAUUCUGUUCAUCACUCAAGUCAUAUAGACUACUUUUAUAGUGUGCUUUUUUCUGAGCUUGAUAGCCUCAAUCCACUUUCACUGUAUUAAGCAGCAUGAACAUUCUUUAGAAUUUCUCCUUUUGUGCUCCUUGGAAGAAAGUCAGUCAUAUGGACACAUAUGGAACAUGGAACAACAUGAGAAGGACACAUUGCACUGAUGUUUCAGUUCUAAUUGGUCAGUUUGGCAGACAAAGGCCUACACCUGAAUAAAUCGUACCAAACCAUGCUAACUGAUAUCAUUUACAUUCGCUAAAGAAGUUUAUAUGAAUUGCUUUAUUGUUAUUAUAUGAGUAUUACUAAGAUAUUUAUGUGUAAGCACAUUUUUGAAAGAAAAUAUUUAUUUGUAUAAAACAUUAAGUGCUGUUGUAAAACAGAAUUUUUGGAAUCCCAAUAAGAGGGACAUGUGCAAUAGUUGGCCUGAUCAAAUGUAAUUAUUUGCCAUACCCUAAUACACAACCAAUGUAGCCUGCCGAUCUUAAAGAUUUAUUUUCAUUUCUGUCAAAUUUGCUUCAGAGCAUUAAAUGCCUGUGUGCUACCUAAAAAACAUUAGCAUUUUCAACUUAUGUUAACUGUAUUGUGACGUGGUUUGUUUGUUUAUUCGCUUUCGCCACCCUCAUUCUGUGUUCACCCAUAAUACUCAUGCUCAUAACAUUGCUGAGAUGUCUGCUGCCAUCUUUUGUGGCUGUGCUAAUUUUUGCUUGUGAUUUUUCUAAACAUGGCUUCAUGUUCUGUUUGUUUUCUACUUGUUUUCACACACUCAAUCCCGCCCCUUUCCCCUACCAGUGAGGGCUGCCGCCGUGAGAAUACCACGAAGAACGUUGGAUGUCGCAAGUAUGCCUUUAACUGUCUGCAGCUGAAGGCCUUUCCUAAACAUUACAGACCUCCCGAUGGCACUUUCGGAAAAGUGGAUACUUGACGAGA